AUGACACAGGCCAUCUCUGGUACAUCAUGGCUCUCAAGAAGUCCACCUCCACAGCAGUCACAUUUAUCCUUAUGGGCAUCUGAGAGCUGGAAACUGUCGGCAUCUGGCUCUUUUCCCUUCACCUUCAUUUGUGUUGUGUCGCUUCUGGGGAACAUCACAAUCCUGUUUGUUAUCAGGACUGAUCCAAGCCUCUAUGAGUCCAUGUACCAAUUCCUCUCCAUCCUAGCCAACAUCAGUUUGGGUUUGUCUCUGUCUACAAUACCAACCUUGAUAAGAGUAUUCUGGUUUGAUGCCAGGCAGGUUAGUCUUGAUGUUUGUUUUGCUCAAGCUUUUUUAAUUCAUUCAUCCUCAUUCAUGAAGUCCUCUGUGCUUCUGGCCAUGGCCUUUGAUCAUUAUGUGGCCAUCUGCUACCUGCUGAGAUACUCCUGCAUCCUCACCAGUGCCAGGAUAGGCAGGAUUGGGCUGGCUGCCCUGUGUAGAUGUGCCUUACCAACAGUCCCCCCAUUUGUGGUAUUAAAAGGUUUGCCCUUCUGCCAGUCCCAUGUGUCCUCCCAUGCCUACUAUCUGCAUCAGGUGAUUGAGCUGGUGUGUGCAGCCAUCAUGUUCAAUAACUGCUAGGGCUUCACUUUAGCCAGUCUCUUUCUGAUGUUCAUCCUCAUCUUCAUGUCAUAUAUACUGAUUGCUAGGGCCAUUCUGAGCAUCACAUCCCAGAGGGAACAUCUCAACUGCCUGUCCCAUAUCCUGGCAGUCCUGAUGCCGGUUGUCUUGUCCAUGGUUCACCAGUAUGGCAAGCAUGCUUCCCCUCUCAUUCCCAUCAUCAUGGACAACGUCUACCUCCUAUCCCCCCCCAUGCUGACCCCCAUCAUCUACAGCAUAAAAACUAAACAGACGCACAGGAUCUGCCUCUCAGUGGCAGCUCUGCCUCAGACAGAGACAGCAACAUCUGACCGAGGGAGUAGUCGAGGGGAUGGGGUGACUGCAGGCUAG